AGAAUUUAAAAGUUAGGUUAGAAAUAUUUGUUCUACAAUAUCUUAGAAAAAUAUCGAUUUAUAGUAAGUGUAUGAUGUAAAGAUAUUCUGUCGGUAUAACUUUAAUGGGAGAACGAAUACUAAGAUCAGAAGAAAUGGCUACCACCAGCUCGGCGGUUGCCACUGUCGCACCCCCACUUCAAGAGGUAUGAACAAUAGGUAGUUAACCUUGUUUAGUUAGUUUUACAAACAGUAACUUAUCUAUUGAUAACUAAAAAUAAUAUUCGCUAAGCUCAAAGUACUACAAGGAGUGUAACGUGUGCUCUCACUUGGAUUUUUUAACCAAAUAAUAAUGACAUUUGCGAAAAAGAUAUGUAAGAUAAUAUGUGGCCCAAUACAUCAACAAAAAUCAUAUUAUGCGACGAAAACCCAAGCUCUACUCGGUGACAUCAAUGUCCUUGACUUAACCAGGGUUAUCGCGGGUCCAUUUUGUACUAUGACCCUGGGGGAUCUUGGUGCAAAUAUUAUCAAAGUGGAAAGCGUAGAUGGUGAUGAGGCUAGGAAGUGGGGACCACCUUUUGUUGGAGGAAAGAAGGACUCCUUUUACUUUCUAAGUGUAAACAGAAACAAGAAGAGCAUUUGUAUUGAUUUAAAAUCAGAAGAAGGUAGAAAUAUUAUGUAUGAUUUAGCAAGGAAAUGUGAUGUGAUGGUAGAAAAUUUCCUACCUGGAAAGUUGGAUUCAAUGGAUGUUGGUUAUAACAAAUUAAAAACCAUAAAUUCAAGGCUCAUUUACUGUGCAAUUACAGGUUUUGGUUCUACUGGGCCUUAUAAAAAUAAACCUGGCUAUGAUGUCAUUGCUUCUGCUAUGGGUGGUCUGCUAAAUGUGACCGGUGAGAGAAAUGGUAACCCAGUAAAGCCAGGUGUUGCUAUCACAGAUGUGACAACCGGCUUACAUGCCUUUGGCGCCAUCAUGACUGCCCUAUAUUAUCGACAAAAGACCAACAGAGGUCAAAAAAUUGAUUGCAACCUCCUCUCAACCCAGAUUUCAAGUAUGAUAAAUGUAGCCAACAUUUACCUUAAUUGUGGAAUAGAAGGACAGCGUUGGGGCACAGCACAUGCUAAUAUUGUGCCUUACCAGUCCUUCAAGACAAGAGAUGGUGAAAUGGUAAUAGGUACAGGGUCCAAUGCACAAUUUGCUGACUUGUGUAACAUGAUCGGCAAGCCAGAGUUAAUAACAGAUAAUAGAUUCAAAGAUAACUCUGUAAGAGUAAUUAACAGAGAGGAAUUAAUUGGGAUCAUUAGUGAUGUCAUAAAGAUGAAAACAAAUAAAGAGUGGUCGAAGAUUUUUGAAAAAGCAUCUUUUCCUAAUGGUCCAGUGAACAAGAUGAGGGAUGUUUUUGAUGAUGAACAUGUCAAAGAGAUAGGGUUGGUGAAAGAAUUACCUCAUCCUGAUGCAGGCUCAGUCAAAGUUGUGGGGCCCCCAACAGUGUACAGUGAAGGAGGGAACUGUGCUAGGACAGCCCCUCCUACAAUAGGCCAACAUACUAAAGAUGUGUUGUCUAAUUUCCUUGGGUACCAUGAUAAAAAAAUUCAUGAUCUAUUUGCUAAGAAAGUGAUUAGGUAAUAUUGAAAAUGUUAUAACUAUUAAAAUUAUGUCAUAUUGUUUUUUUUUUUCUAAAUAUACGUUUAUUAAUAUUUGCACAGCGUAUUUCAUAUUAGUUAUUGGUUAAGUAACUGGUAGUGGUAAUAUAAUAACUUAAGUGUUAUUAUAUUACCACUACCACUACCAGUUGUUAUUUGAACUGUGAGAUAAGAAUUUACUGUGUAUUCUCUGUAAGAUAAAUAGACAUGUUGUUGAUAAUAUUUGACAGACAACCAUAUUAUGUAUAUCUGAUAAAGAUGUUUUUUCUUCCUUAAUAAAACUUAUAUGCUUAAUGUUUUAAUUUUAAUGCGACCUGCAUAUUCAUUAUAUGGCG